UUUCCUGUGCAAUUUUUGCAGAUUUUUCUUACAAAACAUUUCAAACGAUGUGAAAUAGAGACAAAUGCAAUGUGAAGGCAAAAGAUUUAUGUAAAGAGAAUGGAGUACAACCCAGUAAUACUUGAUCUUCACAUAUGUGGAGCCUGCAGAAAAGAAUUUAAUGCAUACGAAAAAUUCAUCAAACAUAAAGAAGAAUGUGUUGUUUUGGCAGAGCUAAAAAAACAAAGAACAUUGUCAAUAAAACCAACUCAGACACCAUCAAUUCAACAUACUCUUGCUGCUGAAAGUAAAAAUGAAAUCCCAAGAGAAUGUUUACAAACAGAAAGUACUGGAAAUGUAUUGUUAAAACCACCAGUGGAAUCAUUUGUAUAUCACCAAAAUCAGCUGCCUACAAGUGUGACUUCAACAAUAAAUACUUCCUUACAGUCUCAAGCAUCUGUCAGUAACGUCCAGGUACCUGUGCAAUCAGGUCCACCAGUUUUAAGGGGAAAUUAUAUUGUAACAUCAGGAAGCAACAAUGUUGAUACUCCACAACAUAUCAUAGGUGAAUCCAUUCUUCAUUCCCAGUCUGUACAAAAGCCACGGCAUUCAGACAGUGCUCUUAACAUUGACAUUUUAGCAAAGCUACAGAAUGAACCAAUCAGCAGUGGGAAUCUGGUGACCACACCUGUGGGACAUGAGUAUGCUAGGCAGUCUGUGGAGGGGGGUGAAGAGACAAAUAGUGCUCAGCCAGUGUGUCAGAUUGUAACGACAGAAAAUGAGAGGUACCUGGUCAUCUCCAACACUGGCCAGGGAGAUAUCUGUAUCCCCAUCACCACCGACAUCUCAGACGUCCUGACAAUGCUUCAGUAUUCCAACAAGGACUCCACCAAUCAGGGAACAUCUUUAAUGACAAGUCCUCAGAAAGAUACACAUGGCACAAAGGAAAGACAUUCUACAAAUCUAGGGGAACAGUCUUUGUGUCAUACUGCCCUGCAGAACACCACGCCUCACUUACCUCAAGACUCUACCAUAGGCUCAACAAAUUAUGGACCUUUAACUUCCAUACUUGGUCAGACAUUGCCAAAACAAGACAUAAAAUCUCACCAUGAGCUAGUGAGAAACACAGAAAAGGUUCAGAGUUCAUCACAACCAACCAUACAGAUGCAGUUGGACCAUAAUGCAUCAUUCUCACUCCUGUCUCCCUCUCAAGUGAAUUCCAACAUCCUCUCUGAUCCUUCCCAUAAUUCCACCCAAUCCCAGCAUCACUUGCCUCAAGAAUCUGUUCAGAUUUCAACUGUUGGACUUUCAAAUCAACCUCUUCUAAAUGAAACUACUGCAGUGACUUUACCACCUUCGGAAGUCAGUUUAAAUACAGAUCCUUUAGCCACUGAUUCUUUCACUCCACUGGCUGUCAAUACAGACAUUCACAAUGUCCAAAAGCUCCCAGACAUCCAGCUAACUCCGAACACUGUUCUUACGUCACUAGGCAAUUUAAGUAAAUAUUCCAAUGCUGAAAGUGUAGAAGGUAUAGGGAUACACAGUCUAGAUAGCAUGUCAAAAGAUGCUGAUGGACAAGGAAAUGACAUCAUGACCGAGGGAUCAGUUCAAAACCUGGAAAUGAAUAGUGUGGUGUAUAUGGGAGACAACAGCUUCUCCGUGCAUUUCAAUACCCUCAACAAGUCUGCUGAAGGCAACCUGUCCACAGAAACUCUCCACCAUGAUCCACAACUUAGUCACAUGGUGGAAAGUGGAGUGACCACAACUUGUCAGACAUUGGAUGGAGGAGUCAACAUGGGGAUGAGAAAUGGACUUAACAUGGAAAACCAGGUGGAAAGUGGAGAAAGCAUGCAGGAACAAGUGGAAGGUGGAAUAAGAACAAGGAAACAAAUGGCUGAAGGUGGCACAAACAUAAAGAGCCAGAUGCUGGGAGGUGGAGUUAACAUGGGGAAUCCAGUAAUGGAUGGUGGAGUGGGGAAUCCGAUGUUGGAGAAUGGAAUAAGUCUGAUGGAUGAGGACGAGGUACAGGAAAGUCAGGUAGUGGAGGAGCUCCACCAGGCUUAUCUCAGGACACAACAGAACAAAGGGAAACAACUCAGUCAGCAGCAGUCAGCCAAACAGACAGACAGCACACUGGAGAAGACACAAACAGACAGGUCAACUAAAAAGAACAGACAGACAGACAGGGCACUGGAAAAUAAACAGAAGAAUUAUCGUAAGAAGAAAUACAACUGCAGUAUCCCAGGGUGCACCUUUGUGUCUGCGUACAUGAAGGAUUUGGAACGUCACCUACGUGUCCACACAGGCGAGAGGCCGUACAGCUGCGAACACUGUAACAAAAGAUUCAGUCGAAUGGACAAGCUCCGCCUCCAUGUCAGGGGCCACACAGGGGAAAAACCAUUCAAGUGUGACAUCUGUAACUAUAGAGCAGUGGACAAUGGCAGUAUAAAGAAACACAUGGCCAUACACAGUGACGACAAGCCUAUCAAAUGCCAGACUUGUCCGUAUUCUUGUCGUACCAGCAGUCAGUUAGUCGUCCAUCUCCGCCGACAUACCGGGGACACGCCUUUCUCCUGUCUAUACUGUGACUCAAAGUUUAAAAUCAAGUCUGACAUGAAGCGACACAUGCGUACCCACACUGGAGAAAAACCAUUCAAAUGUGAACAGUGUGAUUUCAGCUGCUCGGCCAAAAGUAACCUAGUCAGUCAUUACAAUGUCCACCACUCCUCCUCAAAGAAAACUUGUGAACAUUGUGAUUUUUCUACUUCUUCUAAGAAAUUAUUUUUUGAACACCAGAAAACUCAUACAACUCCAGAUCCAGAAAAUAUCUGCAAAGUCUGUCAGUACGUCUGUUCAAACAAGCAAACCCUGAAAACUCACAUGGCUAACGCUCAUAACUACAAGCUCUAUGUUUGUAAGGAUUGUAACUUCAGCAGCAAAAGUAUGACAAAAGCCAGGUAUCAUUUCAAUAAUUGUCGCUUACGUAAGAAAUCCUUCAACUCUGAUCAGAAAAGAUCUAACAAACGUCGGACUCAGAAAAACGAUGAUCCACAGGGGAGGAAGUAUGAGAAGAAUUACAAAUGUGACGUUUGUCAAGAAAGUUUUGUGAGAAAAGACUCCCUCAACUGUCAUCUAAAACUUCACAGAGAGAGAACUCAGUCGACCUUGUCAACGGCGCUGACUGUGCUGGAACUACAACAACCCGUUAUAAAUAAAACAGCCGUUCCGCGGGAUCAUAACUACAUGGAAGUAGUCAAUAUCUCUUCCUCCUUUGGAAGCCGAAAGGAUGAUCACAACUACGAAAAAGAAGAUAGCAUUUUCUCAUCUUUUAGAAAUCGAAGAGGGGAAAGCUCAUCAGAAAGCAAAAGAAGUAAUGGCAGAAUUAAUGGAAAAUCCAGUCGAUCUGAAUCUCAGCACAGACAGAAAUUGACAAAACCAAGCAGCACUGGAGUAACAGGACUGGAAAACUUUGAAAAGUGUAAACCAAGCACAAACACUGCUUUGUCUACAUCAAGGAUUCCAAACCAGAGCUUGUUUGGUCAGUCUGAGAAUCCCAGAAAUGUCAAUCAGUCCCAGGAAACAUCAGAUCCGUACCUAACAAGGGCUUCAGAGGCUUUAUCUACAGCAGUGCUCAGUUCUAAUGAGGCUAGCGAACAAAGUUACAAUGUCAAUCCAAAUCAGGCGGCUGAACUAGCUACCACUACCAUUACAAGCUGUGAUCCACAAAUACAGAAUCCUAACAUCCAAGUCAUUCAGAACAUAACGGUGCCAGUGAUUCAGUUAGAUAAUGGACAGUUAGUGGCCAUGCAGCAGUUAGGGAAUGCCGCGGACCAGGUUUUCUCUCUGACCCCAGUAGCGGUCAAUCAGUUAGUGGGUAAUUCUGAGACUACUGGUCAAAGUGGUGUCAGCUGUAACAUAUCUGCUGAUGGACUGGUUCAGAUAUUUUCACCAGAUUCUAAUUCUUAUAUCUCAAUUCUGCCGCAGUCAGUAAUUCAACAAAACCCAAAACAGGCCACUGAAACAUUGACUCUAGGUUCUGUACCUCACUUGUCUGAAAACCAAGAUCUUGGUUUACAAGGAAACAUAGCCCAGUCCAUUGUACCGGGGUCACAUCAGACAUCCCUACAUCAAACAAAAGUCCAGUCCACUCCCAGCAUACUGACCGACCUCAAUACAAUGGCUAGUGUCACGGAAUCGGCCAUAUCCUCGGCAUACAAACACAAGGCUACCUUAAGGAGCCAGCAUUCCUGUGAACAGGAGGACAGUUCUCAGAUAGACGUACAGAGCAUAGAACUCGAUGAGACAAGUUAUGAUUUUAACCUUCAGGAUAGCGAUCUGGUUUCCAAGGAGACCAUACAGGGUCGACAGCUUGAUCUAUGAACACUUUAUUGUUGUUUAAUCUUUAUGUGUGAUAAUUAUCUACUUGUUAUUUUCAAAAAUACAUCAUGUGUUAUUUCUGUAAAUGACUGUUGUAAAAUUUUAUUGAUAGCGAGGUGUUGAUUCUGCUUAUAGAUUUGUGCUGCCAAUUACAUGUACAUGUAAUUAUUUAUUUUAUCUUACACAUGCUGCAUGCAUGAAUUAUAUAUUAUGGAAUUUUUGAGAAUUGAAAGUGACAGACAUACACAUUGGUCAGUGUGUAUCCAGUCUUCUUCAUAAACACAAUACACCUACAAUGUUAUUUCAGAAUAAGGUAUCAUUUUUAAACAUCUGUCGGAAUAUAA